GCAUACGAACACACAAAGUGCAGUCAUUCUCUGCUGAAGAGUAAACAAUUUGAAAACAACAGGCUACGUAGCUAUCAUUCGCAAAAUGAAAGUAAAAGCUUUUCACUGGUAUUCCCCUUCAUGUUCAUGUUUAAAAGAAAACAGUUGUUUGCCAGUGGAUAGAAGCGUGUGUUAGUCUUUCAUAAGCACUUACUUAAGUUAUUUUUCUGAUAAUUUUUGUAUCCAUCGAGCUGAAGCAUCAAACAGGUUUUUCUGUGGAUGUAAUCCAGGAGGAUUUGAGCCAUGAACGCUCCAAAGUGCCCCGGCUGUAACCAAUCGGACAUCAGAAAGCUGGUAGGUCAGCGUGCGGUCUGCAUGUUGUGCUCUAAAUCUACGAGGAGCGUGUUUCAGUUCUGCUGGGCGUGUCGGAGAGAGUGGCCUAAAGACGCUUCGACAACAGACUCCUGCAUGCUGCCAAACUGCGCGCUCAGAGCCGCGCUCCUCAGCAUCAAAAAGAUUGACGACCCAUGCAGCUCAGCAAAAGGUUGCCCGUACUUUAGGGCCUGUCCUACAUGCAAGGCUCUACUGACGCACAAUGGGAUAGGCUGUCCUAAGAUCACAUGCGUUAAUUGCCGUACAAUAUUCUGCUUUCGCUGCCUUGAUCAACGGUGCAGUGGAUUAACACCAGAGUAUUUUGCAACCAUUGGACUUCUACUACCCCGUCGACUCUUAUCAUUUGAAGAAUAUUAUCCACAACCGUGUAGAGUGGUGGAUAAUAUGCAAAGCCUUGUAAGAUUAGGUCUGUAACUCGAGCAGAUUGCCUACAGGUUAAGAAUAAUGUCCUACUGAAAAAUCCAGCUAAAACCAGCAUAAGCUGGUGAGCUGGUUUUAGCUGGUCUCCCAGCUUGGUUUUAACUGCAUGGUAUCGCUGUUGUAGCAAGCUGGUCUAGCUGGUCUAGCUUGACCAGCUUUGCCAGGCUGGGAGGACCAGCUUAAACCAGCUACUGCCACCUUAAACCAGCUACCAGUUUAUGCUGGUCUUUGCUGGAUUUUUCAGUAGGGGUUGCAUUUAGAAUAGAGUCAUUGAUCAGAUUUGUUUAGUCAAAAUAAUAAUAAUAAUAAUAAUCUUUAUUUUACAAAGCGCCUUUCAAUGUUACUUCUCAAAGCGAUUUACAGUAAAAACAAAAUGAAAAAGAAAACAGCAAGUACAGAGAGAGAAAAGAAAAGUAGAUAAAUAGAAAUAAAACAGCAUAAAUACACAAUAAACAAUUUACAAUAAUACCUAAAAGCAAUUACUUAUAGGCAAGUCUAAAAUAAUAUGUUUUAAGACAACUUUUAAAAGCACUAAGAGACGCGGCUUGCCUGAUUUCCUUAGGGAGGGAGUUCCACAAUUUUGCGGCAUAGGUGGAAGCCCUAUCACCCAUAGAAUGCAUGCGAGUAGGAGGGACAGCAAGAAGAUCUAAAUCAGAAGAGCGGAGUGCGCGCCCUGGUGUGUAGACUUUUAAGAGUUCUGAUAUAUAGUGAGGUGCUUGGCUGUGGAGAGCCUUAUAAGUGAGCAUAAGAACUUUAAAAUCUACACGAAAGCUAACAAGGAGCCAAUGUAAAGACUCCAAAAUAGGAGUCAUAUGUUCCCUCGAUCUCGUCCUUGUCAGGAUUCUCACAGCCAAAUUUUGGACAUACUGUAACUUAUUUAAAGUAUUUUUUGAUACACCUGCUAGUAGAGCAUUACAGUAGUCAAUGCGGGAGAAAACGAAGGUGUUUAUCAAUUUUUCUGCUACUGUAAAAGAUAGCAUAGGACGCAACCUUGCAAUGUUUCGAAGAUGAAAGAAUGACGUUUUGACUGUGUUUUGUACAUGGGGCUCAAAUAUUAAAUGAGCAUCAAAUAUGACACCCAGGUUCUUCAGUUUUUUCUGGAACUAUAACACUGAGCCAUCUAUAUUAAUUGUUGCAUAUCCUGCUUUGCGUAAUUGGUUUGACGAGCCAAUGAGCAUCACCACCGUCUUUUCACUAUUUAGGCAGAGGUAGUUUUGAGCCAUCCAUACUUUUAUCUCAGACACGCAGCGUUCGAGGAAGGCAAUAGUUGUGUAGUCACCUGGCUCAGAGUGAAUGUAGAUCUGUGUUUCGUCUGCAUAAAAGUGGUACUUAAGACCCAAAGAUCUGAGAAGAAGACCGAGAGGCAUGAUAUACAUACUAAAAAGUAAAAGACUUAAAAUUGACCCCUGAGGAACCCCAUAUUUGACUGACCCAGUUUUAGAUCUGAGCCAGCCAUUGAAACAAAACUGCUUACAGCUUCUGAAAGAUAAGAUUUAAACCAAAGUAAUGCAGUAUCAGUGAUGCCAAACACAGGUUCCAUACGAGUGAAAAGAAGAGAAUGAUCGACUGUAUCGAAAGCAGCGCUGAGAUCCAAGAGAAUUAAGAUUGACAGGCAACCAGAGUCAGUUGCAGUAACAAGUCAUUGGCAACCUUCACCAAUGCUGUUUCUGUAAUAUGAACCUUGCGGAAACCAGAUUGUAGGGGCUCAAAUAACUUAUUUAAAGUAAGAUGUGUAUGUAGUUGGGAUGACACAAUUUUUUAACAAUUUUGGCUAAAAAGGGGAGGUUUGAGAUGGGGCGAUAAUUGUUAAGAUCGUCUCUGUCGACAUUAGACUUUUUCGGUACAGGGGUAACCGUCGCAAUUUUAUAAGCUGCUGGCAUGACACCCAAUCGCAGUCAUUAACAAUGCUUAACACUAUGGGCCAACACUAGAGAAGCAUGAUUUAAAUAAACUUGUUGGAACCGGGUCUAAUAUGGAGGUUGUGAUCCUCAAUUUAGACACUAUUUGGCUCAAGGAG